AGAGCAUAUCACAGCAGCACAACAGAGACGUUAGACUUCCUGUCUUAAUCUCUCUCUAAAUCUUCUGUUUAACUCCCUUAAAUACAAUUUGUUGCUCUUUCUUCCUUGAUUGAACGGCUCGGAACACUGACUUACGUCUACUUGUCAUACGAUUCUGCUCACACUCGGUAUGAUGAAUCUGAUAUAUGUGUUUCUUAAUUUAUGCUAUUCAACUACAGUCUCAGAAGUCUAAAUCUAGACAACUUUGAAAGGCUCGGAAAACUUACGUCUACUUGUUGACUACGUGAUAUAGGUGCCAUUCGGGAGUCUGCUGAUACCUAAUAAAUUAUUCAAAAGCAAAACUGAGGUAAUUAUUUGUUUGACAUUCGGGGUAUAUGUACUUAUGCAUUGAGUUAAUGAUUUAUUCAAGUUCUAGAUUGUUUGGUUGCAGAUUUUUUGAAUUUCUAAAUGUCUUCGAGUAAUGCUAAUCAUGCUAUGAGGCAAUGGAUGUAUGCAAUAAUUGAUCCCAAUACCAAUCAGGUCUCUAAUGCAUUUACAGAAGGAUUGAAAUAUUUCAUGGUUGUUGCCAAAAACCAUGUUUUAUUUACUCAAAAGCAGAAAAUAUUUUGCCCGUGUAUUAAGUGUGAGAAUAGAAAAUUUCUUGAUGAGCAAACAGUCACUGGCCAUUUAUAUAACAGAGGAUUUAUGGCCAAUUAUCUUGUUUGGGUUGCACAUGGAGAAGUGUAUGAGGUUGACAAUCACUCACGACAUGCUCAGGAAAAUACAAACACGCCCACAGAUGUUUCCAUGCAAGCUCCAAACUCUUAUGUUGAGAUGAUAAGUGAUGCCUUUAAUGAGCAUACGUCCUCUCAUGAAAGCAUUGAAGAAGAUCCCAACGAAGAAGCCAAAAGAUUUUUCAGUCUGUUAAAUGCAAGCCAAAAAUCCAAUAUAUGAUGGAUGUCGAGAAGGACACUCACAAUUGUCAUUGGCGGCUCGAUGUAUGACACUGAAAACAGACUAUAACUUGUCUGAGAAGUGCAUGGAUUAUAUUGCUGAAAUGUUGAAAGACUACAUGCCUGCAGAUAACAAUGCCACUGCUUCAUACUAUGACACAAAGAAACUGAUGCGGUCUUUGGGGCUGCCUUACAAAAAGAUAGAUGUGUGUCAGAAUAAUUGUAUGAUCUUCUGGAAAACCGACGCAGACCUAGAAAGCUGUAAAUUCUGUGGAGCUGCGAGAUUCAAAAGUACAAAAAAACCUGGAAGAAAACAAGUUCCUUUUCGACAAAUGUUUUAUCUGCCAAUAGCUGAUAGACUGAAAAGAUUAUAUCAGUCAAAGAAGACAGCUUCACAUAUGAGGUGGCACAAAGAACAUUAUUCAACUCAGGACAGUAAUGUAAUGAGUCAUCCAUCAGAUGGUGAAGCAUGGAAACACUUUAACCAGGUAUAUCCUGAUUUUGCCAAUGAAUCUAGAAAUGUCUAUCUUGGUUUGUGCACAGAUGGAUUUAAUCCUUUUGGUAUGUCUGGUCAAAAUUAUUCGUUGUGGCCGGUGAUUCUUACUCCAUAUAAUCUACCACCUGACAUGUGUAUGAAACAGGAGUUUAUGUUUCUCACAAUAUUAAUCCCUGGUCCAAACCAUCCAAAAAGGAGUUUAGAUGUGUUUUUACAGCCUCUCAUAGAGGAGCUUAAUGGUUUAUGGACUGAUGGAGUUGAGUCAUAUGAUGUAUCACUGAAGCAGAACUUUACAUUACGAGCUAUGCUUUUAUGGACGAUCAGUGAUUUUCCCGCUUAUGCUAUGUUAUCUGGAUGGACAACUCAUGGUCGUUUAGCAUGUCCUUUUGUAUGGGUGACACUGAAGCUUUUUGGCUGA